UUCGUUUCGGGAGGACUGAGAGGUUUUGUGAUUAAAACAAAUAAUAAAUUGCAAUUAACUCCGUAUUUAUCUUAUUUAUUGUGCAUUAUCAACUUGAAGAACUUGUCGCGCUGCGUGUCCUUUAUAUGCUGAUUGAAUACUGAGUGAGGGCGGUAUAAACGGGUGCAGUAGUCUUCUCCCACCGAUGCGUUAGUGGCCACCAGCGCAGCCAUGUCGUCGGUGAAGGUGGCGGUGAGGGUCCGCCCCUUCAACUCGCGCGAGAUAGCGCGGGACUGUAAAUGCAUCAUCGAGAUGUCGGGGAACACUACAGUUAUACUGAACCCAAAACUUCCCCCGAACAACAAGGAAGGCGCGAAAAGUUUUAAUUUUGAUUUCUCCUACUGGUCGCACAAUCCAAGUGAUCCAGAAUUCUCGUCACAAAUAAUGGUGUACAAAGACAUCGGUGAAGAGAUGUUACAACAUGCUUUCGACGGCUACAACAUAUGCAUAUUCGCGUACGGACAAACUGGCGCGGGCAAGUCCUACACGAUGAUGGGCCGCGGCGAGGACGGCCAGGAGGGCAUCAUCCCGCAGAUCUGCAAGGACCUCUUCCGCCGCAUCCGGCAGACCACGUCAGAUGACCUCACUUACUCGGUGGAAGUAUCCUACAUGGAGAUAUACUGCGAGCGAGUGCGUGAUCUGCUCAACCCUAAGAACAAGGGCAACCUGAGGGUCCGCGAGCACCCCGCCCUCGGCCCUUACGUGGAGGACCUCAGCAAGCUCGCCGUCAUGUCCUACCAGGAUAUAUACGACCUUAUUGACGAGGGGAAUAAGGCCAGGACUGUAGCAGCAACCAACAUGAACGAGACGUCGUCCCGCUCGCACGCGGUGUUCACCAUCUUCUUCACGCAGCAGCGACACGACAAGACCACCAACUUGGUCUCAGAGAAGGUAUCCAAGAUCUCCCUAGUGGAUCUGGCCGGGUCUGAGCGGGCUGACUCCACCGGCGCCAAGGGCACGCGGCUGAAGGAGGGCGCCAACAUCAACAAGUCACUCACCACGCUCGGCAAAGUCAUAUCCGCGCUCGCUGAGAUCUCGGCAUCAAAAAGCAAGAAAUCUAAGAAGGCGGACUUCAUACCUUACCGUGACUCGGUUCUAACAUGGCUUCUACGUGAGAAUCUCGGCGGCAACUCCAAAACCGCCAUGAUAGCGGCCAUAUCACCCGCUGAUAUUAACUACGACGAGACGCUGAGUACAUUGAGGUACGCGGAUCGCGCCAAACAGAUCGUCUGCAAGGCGGUCGUCAAUGAGGACGCCAACGCCAAACUCAUUCGAGAACUCAAGGAGGAGAUACUCAAACUGCGCGAGCUGCUCAAGGCGGAGGGCAUAGACGUCGCUGAAGGACCCGAUGGUAGAGUCGUUUAUGAAAAGAAAGAACCGCCUACCACAGAGGAGAACGCGUCGCCGAUGCGCAAGAAGAGCGAGGGCGAGGUGCUGUCGCCGAAGCUGUCGCGAGCCGCCACCACCAUCGCCGAGGAGGCGGUCGACCAGCUGCAGGCUUCGGAGAAGCUUAUUGCAGAACUAAACGAGACUUGGGAGGAGAAGCUCAAACGCACGGAACAGAUACGAGUGCAGCGCGAGGCCGUUUUUGCUGAGAUGGGUCUAGCUGUGAAGGAGGGUAUAACAGUCGGUGUAUACUCGCCCAAGAAGACUCCACAUCUUGUCAACUUGAAUGAGGACCCGAAUUUGUCGGAAUGCCUCAUUUAUUAUAUCAAGGAUGGUGUGACCCGGCUCGGUACAGCUGAGGCCAACGUGCCCCAAGACAUCCAGCUAUCUGGCUCACACAUACUUAGCGAGCACUGCAUAUUCGAGAACACGGACGGCGUCAUCUGCCUCAUACCGCACCGCGGCGCGCUCGUGUACGUCAACGGCCGAGAGGUGGAGGAGCCGAUAAUCCUGAAGACCGGUUCCCGGGUGAUCCUGGGCAAGAACCACGUGUUCCGGUUCACGCACCCCGGCCAGCCGCGAGAGGAGCGCGUCAUCAGCAACAAGGACAAGGAGCUCAAUGAGACGGAGAGGGAACAGAGCAAUACUGAGACUGAAGUCGCGAGCGACAUAGAGACAGUAGACUGGGACUACGCGCAGUGCGAACUGCUGGAGAAACAGGGCAUAGACCUGAAGGCCGAGAUGAGGAAGCGCCUCGUCGCCCUCGAGGAGCAGUUCAAGAGAGAGAAGGAACAUGCAGACCAGCAGUUUGAGGAACAGAGAAAGAACUACGAAGCCCGCAUCGAUGCACUCCAGCGUCAGGUGGAGGAGCAGAGCGUCACCAUGUCUAUGUACAGCUCCUACACGCCGGAAGACUUCCACAAUGAUGAAGACAUAUUCGUGAAUCCCCUGUUUGAGACAGAGUGUUGGUCGGCGCGCGAGGUGGGGCUGGCGGCGUGGGCGUUCCGCAAGUGGAAGUACCACCAGUUCACCUCGCUGAGGGAUGACCUGUGGGGCAACGCUAUCUUCCUCAAGGAGGCGAACGCAAUCUCCGUGGAGCUCCGCAAGAAGGUCCAAUUCCAGUUCACCCUACUCACGGACACGCCCUACUCGCCCCUCCCACCGGAACUCGCGCCGCGCGACGACGACCACGAGUACCGCCCCGGUGCGCCCACUGUGGUCGCCGUAGAGGUUACUGAUACGAAGAACGGGGCUACGCAUUAUUGGACGCUGGAGAAGUUGCGCCAUCGCCUGGAGCUCAUGCGCGCGAUAUACAACAUGAACGAGAGCGCGUACGCAGACGAGGACGCUCCGCCCGCACGCACGGACGCAGACGCGUACGCACGGCCGGACGCGCCGCUCGCGCAGUGCAUAUCUGCGUGCGCGAAUAACACAAGACUAUCGCUUGCCAAUCUCCUGCCCUCGAGACAACGUCUCGAGCUGAUGCGCGAGAUGUAUCACAACGAGGCGGAGCUGUCGCCGACGUCGCCAGAGCACAACAUCGAGUCGGUGACCGGCGGCGAUCCAUUCUACGACCGGUUCCCCUGGUUCCGUCUGGUUGGACGGAGCUUCGUGUACCUAUCGAACCUGCUGUACCCGGUCCCGCUCAUUCACAAGGUGGCCAUCGUGAACGAGAAAGGAGACGUUAAGGGUUACCUGCGCGUCGCCGUGCAGGCCGUGCUCGACGCUGAAAAGAAUGUCUGCUACGUAGACAACGCGGAAUUCGCGGCGGGCGUCAAACAGUCCGCCAAGAUAUCGUUCGACGACGAUAUCGCUCCGACGCGCUCACGACUGAAGGCGCUAACGAAUGUCGACAAGAACAAUGCUCUGAAUCUCGAAGACAGGACCGAACAGGACUCUAAUAUCAAGAUUGAGGAACUAGCAGCUACCGAGUGCGACGCCGACAGCGGGCGCGGGGACAGCUCCCUGGCGUCGGAGCUGAAGGAGGAGGACCUGCCCGACCACCUCACCCUGGGCAAGGAGUUCACCUUCCGCGUGACAGUGCUGCAGGCGCACAGCGUGUCGGCUGACUAUGCUGAUGUGUUCUGCCAGUUCAAUUUCUUACACAGGAACGAGGACGCAUUUUCCACAGAGCCCGUCAAGAACGCUGGAAAGAACACCCCUCUUGGAUUCUACCACGUACAAAACAUCACAGUUCCAGUAACGAAGUCAUUCGUGGACUACAUCAAGUCUCAGCCGAUUGUUUUCGAAGUAUUCGGUCACUACCAACAACACCCACUGCAUAAGGACGCGAAACAAGACGGCGUGGGGGGUCGAUUACCCCCUCGCCGCAUGCUGCCCCCCUCUCUGCCGAUAUCGGCGCCGGUCCGCAGCCCCAAGUGGGGCGCGGCCGCCGUGGCCCCGCCCUGCUGCUCCUCCCACCUUCACUCCAAACACGACCUGCUCGUCUGGUUCGAGAUCUGCGAGCUCGCGCCCAAUGGAGAAUAUGUGCCGGCGGUGGUGGAGCACAGCGACGAGUUACCCUGCCGCGGACUGUUCCUGCUGCACCAGGGCAUACAGCGGCGCAUACGCAUCACGAUACUGCACGAACCCUCCGGUGAUCUUCACUGGAGCGACGUGAGGGAACUCGUUGUUGGACGUAUCAGAAACACACCCGAGGCUAACGAGGAUACGACGGACGGGGACGAGGACAGCGCACUGUCGCUCGGCCUGUUCCCCGGAGAACGACCCACGCUGGACGACAGGGCGGUGUUCCGAUUCGAAGCGGCAUGGGACAGCAGCUUGCACGGCUCACCGCUGCUCAACAGAGUUAGCGGCAACGGCGAGGUCGUCUACAUCACGCUUAGUGCUUAUCUCGAGGUGGAAAACUGUGGUCGACCAGCUAUCAUCACCAAGGAUCUAUCAGUGGUGGUCGUCGGGCGCGAUUCUCGCAUCGGCGCUGGGCGAUCGCUCCGUCGCGCGCUCUUUGGCUCCAAGGCGGCACGCGCUGACCGCCUCACCGGGCUAUACGAGUUGAGUCUUCACCGCGCGCUGGAGCCCGGUGUACAACGUCGUCAGAGACGAGUGCUCGACACAAGUGGCACUUAUGUGCGAGGUGAAGAGAACUUGCACGGUUGGCGCCCUAGGGGCGACUCCCUCAUAUUCGACCACCAGAGGCGUAUCUGGCGCAAACUGGUCUAUGAUUGGCCGCUGGACAUUAUCGAUAAAUUUCAGUGGGAGCUAGAGAAGAUGACUCGACUGGAGCAAGUGAGCCGGACACGUCACUUCCUGGCGCUGCGCGAGCGCCUGCGUCACGGACACGAGAAUACCGUCACACCCAACGACUUUACGAAGACAGAGAAGGAGGUGAGCAACAUGGCGGCUAAGGCGGCCGCGGAGUGCGGUCACGCACGCGAGGAUGUAUACGAGCCGUGGGAGAUGACGCCGCGCGAACGGGAACUCGCCACCAAAUACAUUAAACUUAUACAGGGGAGGAUAGGUCACAAGGAGGUGGAGACCGCGGUGUCGCCCGCCACGCCCGUUGACGAGGGCGUGUCCGCCGACAUCAGCACGCCCAGCCUGCUCUCCUCCAUACACAGCGCCAGCAGCUUCGAGCUAUGUUCCCCGGAGCGCGCCAUGCUGGAGCGCGCGGCGGGCUGGGGCGGGGGCGCCGCGACGACGGUAGGCGGGGCGCUGUACGUGCCCGAGUGCGAGGAGGUGCGCGUGUCCGCCGCCGUCGCGCGCCGCGGGUACCUCAACGUGCUGCAGCACGGCACGCACGGCUGGAAGAAGCGGUGGCUGGUGGUCCGCCGGCCGUACGUGUUCAUGUACCGCGACGAGCGCGACCCGGUGGAGCGCGCGGUCAUCAACCUCGCCAACGCGCACGUCGAGUACUCCGAGGACCAGGAGCAGAUGGUGCGGAUGCCGAAUACUUUCAGUGUGGUGAGCAAGGAGCGCGGGUACCUGCUGCAGACUCUCGGUGACAAGGAGGUGCACGACUGGCUGUACGCCAUCAACCCCCUGCUCGCCGGACAGAUCAGGUGUGCAACAGGUCGCGGUCAGCGCGGCGCGGGGCGGGGGUCGCGGGCGGCGCGGGGGGCGCGGGGGGCCAGGCGGACGCAUGAGACAGCCUCACAAUGGAGUCUAUCCUCGUUUUUUAAGAGCGUCGCCGAAGCCAGGAUAUCGCACAGGCCGCUUAGAGCGACGCGCUCCCUACCCAGAUAUUGAAACGGCCCCAUAAACGCUCGAUAACGCGCGAAUUUCCUCCGCGGGUAGUUCGUUGAUAGAUGUCAGUUUGACAACCGUCAAUGUCGUGUUUGACAGCUACGGAUAGUUAUGGAUAUGACAAUGACAGAUGUCAGCUUUGAUAAAUGACAAUGUCACAUUUGACAGCUAACCUAUAAAUGUAACUUGUGGAUUGCCGCGGAAGAAAUUUGCUCGCCUACUCGUGUUUCUAAAGUCAAAUUAAAACUUCCUAAACAUGUUUUUCCUCUCGGUACGCGUCAUUCGUGUACCUCCAUCGCACAAUACAACUUAUUAAUACUC